UUGAAGAAUUUUUGUACAUAUUUGGUGGUAUAUAAACUUUGUUAAUUGUGUAAUUGUUUAUCCCGGUCUUUUGACCAUGCCUCCCAAGAAGGUGCAACAGAAGAAAGGGGUUCGUGUGCUGAAGCAGGCCACCAAGCGCCCUCCUUCAAUGCAGCAUCAAUCUUCUGACGAAGAGGAGGAUUUGGGGACCAUCCGUGCCUUGGUGGCUAGAGUUGAAGCGCUGGAAAGGGAACGCAGGCAGACUCAGGAUGUCGAUGCGGGUCCCAGUUCCGGACCUGUAGGUAAGAAAUCUGCUAGGUUAGCUUCCAAAAUGACUAAAUCUCGUCUUCUCGCUGACUUGGUUUCUAGAGUUGGUGUGCUUGAAGAUGCUACGCCCAUGGAGGGGUCUUCGGUGCAUACUCCUCCAGUUGGUUUGCCUGCUGUUCCGCCCACGAAUCUUACCUUGCCUGAAUUUGAGCGUCGGGAUGUACAGAUGCCUGUUCCUCCAGCGCCUGCCACGUUCACUCCUAGGUCUACUGGGUUCACCAUGCCGCCGGUCGUUGCUUCUCCUGCAGCUUAUACAGGUUUGCUAAGCAUCCCUAUUCCCGUGAGGAUCGUCUUGUGUGGCCACUCAAUUUUGUUUUGGGCUCAUCGGAGGGCUUCUUCGUCUGCUCCUGGGACCCAGCUGCAGCUUUCGGCUACCGCUACAGUUCACUGGGUAGCCCAGAGGGGCAUGUUAUGGGACGCGUUUUUGCCUUCUGUGUGCCGUAUUAUGUCUUCUAUGGAUCGGCCACAUAUAUUAUUGAUCCAUUUAGGGGGAAAUGAUUUGGUGCAGCGUCCAGGUGUGGACCUGCUUGUUAAGGUCACUCGCGAUCUCACGUGGCUUAUUAAUUCAUAUCCACGGCUUAUAAUUGUGUGGUCAGAUAUGCUUGUUAGAAGGGUGUGGAGGGGUGCUAUUCAUCCCAACAGGAUCGAUAGAUCUCGGAAAUGGGUGAAUAGGAAGAUCAGGGCUCUUGUCCUGUUGCUUGGGGGGGCAUUCAUUCCCCACGACAGGAUUAGGUUCCAUGCCCCACAUUUGUUUCGUGGGGAUGGUGUUCAUCUUUCAGACCAGGGGUGUGAUUUGUUUUUGGAGGAUAUUAUGAAGAGUUUAAGGGUUUUGUUGUCUUCGUUGGGUGGAGUGGACCAAGCUUGAGCUGAUCCCCUCUUGUGGCAUAGAAUUCGGGCAGGUGAGGUAUAUAGGGGGAUUAUAUGUUUAGGCGGUUAAGGCAUCAUAAAAGGAGCACUUCCCGGGGAACCAUCAGGGUUCAUCUCUGGUGGGGAUCUGGGUGGUGUCCUUAUGGGACCGGCUUGCGCAUCAUGGUGAAUGCCUGUACGGCGGGGCCAUGGUGUGGAGGUUGGAACCACGUGCAUGGCUCCAAGAGCAAGGAGUGAGGAUUUUACACACAUCCUUCACUCUGGAGUUAUGCAAUAAUGAGAAUUAAUGCCUUUUGAAGGUGGGAGUGUAGUCCACAUAGUUAGGAUUAGCCUCACCUGCCCAAAGUAAUUAUAUUUGAAUGAUUGGCUGUCUUGCU